AUGACCAGGCACUCACACUCAAACUCGGCAAAAAACGCAGACAAGAAAAUGCAAGAUCUAAGUGGAGACGAACUUCGGCUGAAGAUCAACGAGCGCGAGCGGCGACGAAUGCACGAUCUCAACUCCGCCAUGGACGGGCUGCGCGGUGUCAUGCCCUACGCGCGCGGGCCCUCUGUCCGCAAACUCUCCAAGAUCGCCUCGCUGCUUCUAGCGCGCAACUACAUUCUCCAGCUGCAGUCCCGCGUCCGCCAACUCGAAGCGGAACUGGCCCAAUCCGCGUCAAGUCCACCGGCCAAUUUCAACUCCAAUUCCACUUUUCCCAAUUUCGAAGCUUUUCAAAGCUCCAGUCUCUCAAUCUCAAGUUCCGAUUCGGAUGCAUCAACAAGCAGCUCGAUCGAAAACACCCGCCCGGGACUGAAAAGGCAGCUAGAAUCGAUGAGCCCAAAAGGCGCGCUGAAGAAGCCACGGGUCAACUUUGCAGAUAUCAAUACGCUGGCGUGA